AUGAUGUACCAACAGUCCCCGAUGCUGCUCGACGAUCCCGCUACGCGGGCUUCGAUGGUGUCCCUGUCGGAGGGUGGUUCAGACUCUUUCAAGCGCAAGUGCAAGAUUAUCUGCACCAUGGGUCCUUGCUGCUGGGAUGUUCCCAUGCUUGUGAAGCUCAUUGAUGAAGGUCUGAACAUCGCCAGGCUGAACUUCUCUCACGGAGAUCACGAGGGCCACGGCGCAACCGUCGGGCGGGUCCGCGAGGCCUCCAAGCAGCGACCGGACAAGCCGGUGGCGAUCUUGCUCGACACCAAGGGCCCGGAAAUCCGAACUGGCUUCUUCAAGGAGAGCUUGGCCGGCGGAAAGAUUAACUUGAAAGCUGGACAAGAUCUGAAACUCGUGAACGACUACGACUUCAAGGGUGACGAGACUUGCAUCGCCUGCAGCUACAAGACCUUGCCAACGGCAGUCAAGCCGGGGCAGAUCAUUCUCGCUGCAGACGGAUCUUUGUCAUUGAAGGUGAAGAGUACAGGCUCUGAUCAUGUCGUCACCGAGGUUCUGAACGACAUCUCCAUUGGCGAGAAGAAGAACAUGAAUCUGCCAGGUGUGAAGGUCGAGCUGCCAGUGCUUCAGGAGAAGGAUAAGAAGGACCUCAUUGAGUUUGGCGUGCCGCAGGGCGUCGACUUUGUUGCAGCUUCUUUCGUUCAGGAUGCCGGGGAUGUCAAGCUCAUCCGGGACACCCUUGGAAUGCGCGGGCGUUCGGUCAAGAUCAUCUCGAAGAUUGAGAAUCAGGAAGGCAUCAACAACAUCGAUGAGAUCAUCGCUGCGAGCGAUGGAAUUAUGGUGGCUCGUGGUGACAUGGGCAUGGAAAUCGAUAUUGAGAAAGUUGGCCUCGUACAGAAGAUGAUCAUCAUGAAGUGUAAUGCUGCUGGCAAAUUUGUUGUCACAGCUACACAGAUGCUGGACUCCAUGGAGCGUGCCCCUCGCCCAACACGUGCGGAAGCGACCGAUGUUCUCAAUGCAGUCCUGGACGGAACAGAUGUCGUGAUGCUUUCCGGCGAGACGGCCAACGGCAAGUUCCCUGAAGCAGCUGUUGCGACCAUGCGAAGAAUCUGCGAACAGGCAGAGUCGACGCUGGACUACAAGUCCCUCUACCUCAACAUGAGACAGCUUGUCCUGAAGCAGAAUAUGGGCAUGUCUGCAGUGGAGUCUGUCUGCUCCUCUGCAGUCAAGGCAUGCGUCGACUCCAAAUGCCCACUGAUCAUUGCCCUCAGUGAGACUGGAACAACGGCAAGGCUGAUUGCUAAGUACCGUCCCGAGUCGCCCAUCCUGUGCAUCACAGCUAGCGAGACCAACCUGCGGCAGCUGCUUGCCAUUCGCGGCGUCAUUCCUAUCCUCACCGCGUCCUUCCAGGGCACUGACUCCGUCAUAGCCAAAGCAUUGACACGUGCAAAGGAGCACAACAUGGUGAAGUCUGGUGACAUCAUUGUGGCUGUACAUGGCCAAAAGGAAGAGUGCCCUGGAGCUUCGAAUUUGAUGAAGAUGGUGACAGUUCCAUGA